UAGGUGAGUGGACGAAGGAUUAACAACUGUGACAGAGGAUAUGGGGAAAGAGAAAAAGGGUAUUAGAGUGGGAUCGAGAGAAAAGUGAACUAGAAGCCCAAAAGAGGGAGCUGGUAGAAAGGAAAGUGAGAGAUCAGUUAGCACAUCAACUAAGAGUCCCCCCGGAGCGAGGACUGAGCGCCUGUGUCUGGAACUGGGUGGACCCCUCGCUAGAAACAUUUGACAUCAGCCACCGCAGCUACCAUGUACAGUGGAUAUGGAGGGAGUCCAUCCCGAACUCUCUCCACCAUGUCGCUCUCUGCUCGCCCAAGCAGACGCCUCACCACCAGAUCCAUCACUAGGAGCCAGAGCUUCACUGGAGUCAACACCUACGACAAGCCCUACAGGAGCCUCUCAGUGUUCAGCACUCCAGGUCUCAGCAGGAAGCCCAGCAGAGCCAGCAGGAUGUUCACUAUGUCCACCAAGUCCAACCCACCACCCAAGGUUCCUCAACCAGAGCGACUGGAUCAGGUCUACGAGGCGCUGAAGAAAGGCCUUCAGUCCUACCUGCAGGUUUAUCAGACGGACUUGGACAGUCUCAGCAGACAGAUGAAAGAAUCAAAGAGGAACUCCAGACUGGGUUUCCUGUAUGAACUGGACAAGCAAGUGAAGGUGACGGAGAGGUACAUCAGACGACUGGAGUUUCACCUCAGCAAGAUUGAGGAGCUCUACGAAGCCUACUGCCUGCAGAGGAGACUCAGGGACGGAGCCAACAAGAUGGUGAAGGCUUACACUGCCUCUCCGGGCAGCAAGGAGGCCAAGGAGAGUUUAGCAGAAGCCAAUAAAGGAUACAAAGAGUACACAGAGAACAUGUGUGUGUUGGAGAACGAAUUGGAGAACCAGCUGGGGGAGUUCCACAUCAAGAUGAAAGGUCUGGCUGGAUUUGCUAGAUUGUGUGCUGGUGACCAGUAUGAGAUCUUUAUGAGGUAUGGUCGGCAGCGGUGGAAGCUCCGCGGCAGGAUGGAGAUCAAUGCCAGGCAGGUGUGGGACAGUGAGGAGAUGGUGUUUGUGCCGCUCAUCAGUGAGUUCCUCUCUGUGAAGGUGACGGAGCUGAAGAGCUUAGCCAAUCACGUGGUUGUCGGAAGUGUUUCCUGCGAGACUAAGGACCUGUUUGCUGCACUACCCCAGACGGUUGCCGUGGAUAUUAAUGACCUUGGGACUAUUAAGCUAAGCCUUGAAGUCACCUGGAAUCCGUUUGAUAAAGAUGACCAGGGCUCUGUGGCAAGCACCGUCAACAAAGCUCCAUCUGUCAGCAAGAGAUUCUCCACGAUCUUCAACCAGAGUCCACCUGACACGCCAUCUUUACGUGAACAAGCCUUCUAUAACAUGCUCCGCCGGCACGAAGAGCUGGAGAACGGGACAGCGUGGUCCAAUUCAUCAGAGUCUUCUGAUGACUCGUCCAGUCCUCGGCUUUCUGUAGGAGGACAACGCAACUCUACACCUCAUAAGGGAGUGGUGGUGACACCAGACAUCCAGCCAGCUGCUAGCGGAAGUUCCUCCCCUCAGCCCGACAUCUCAUUUUGCCCCAGAGACUCCUUCUCCUCAACUCCAAACUCCACACACCAAGUCAGCGCUGUCAGUGACACAACCAGACAGCAAGCAGAGAGCAACAGGGAGGAGGAGAAAGGGACAGUCACUGUGAUGACCAAACCUGACACUGAGGACGAGGACGCAGUGAAACAGUCUCCCACAGCAGCAGCGGACGGUGUGUUGACUAACAGCCAUGCCUCACGCAGUUACUCGCGCUCUCUGAGCCACAUCAGUGAAAGCAGCGCUGAUGGCAUCGUGUUGACCGACAGGUCGGCCGAAGCAGGAGAGGUGAUGUCUUUGGCGUCAGGGCUUUCCAUCAAUGACAUUGAAAUGGAGAUGUCCGUCAGAACUCCUGAGCCGUCCAGCUCUGCCCCCACAGACACCGAGCUGUCAGCAAGGCUCGGUGUCGUUGACGAAAACACAGCAGCUGACGCUGUCACACAUCAACACCAAAACACAUCCAGCUCUGUCCCAACAUCCUCCUCUCGCAGGACCGAAGGAGCGGACCCUAACACUCCGUCACAAAUGAACUCACAGCCAGAGUGCAGCACUCCCGAGAGCGCUGAUGUGAUGUAUGUAGCCCGGCGGGUGUCGGUGGAGGAGGAGCUGCCGGGCGCAGGAGCAGAAUGUCCCUCCAGACAGGGCGACGGUCCAGUGGACAGUGGGCUGGAGGACGCCCUGGCAGCUUUGGUGUCCUCUUUGGAUGAUUACAGAGGACAGUUCCCUGAGUUACAGCUGCUGGAACAAGAACUAAAGCUGCUGCAGGUUACACUAAAGGGUGGUAGGCACAGCCGUUCACCCAGCGUGGUCAGCCUCACAGUGGAAACAGCUCUGGGCAGCUUUGACUUCCUCAAUGCGUCUGACUGGGAGGAGGACGAAGAGGAGAAGGCGGACAAGAGGAGUAGAAAUGGCAGGUCUCUGCAGGACAGAGGCUGGGACAGCCCCUCCUCCCCCUCUUCCCCCCUCACCACAGGCUGCUCCACAUUAGACCGCUCCCUGGUGGUCCACUUGAAGAACUGCAGCACACAGCUGUUGUGUCUGGGUAUGUUUGGUCCACUGCGGUGUGGAGAGAUGUACGCCUUGGACAGACUGCUGAGAGAGGCUCGAGUCCUCGAAGUCAUCCGACGCAUCUCCAGGGACAACCCGAGACGCCCCAGACAGCCUGCUGAGGUGGUACCACAGCUGGGCCUGUGCCUGGGUGCUGUGUCACUAUGGCAACAGUGUGUGGGGCAGGGCAGCGUGUACAGCACGUCUGCUGAAAACUUCCUGGUUACGUUAUCGACAGUUUACUCCAGAAUGCUGCCUGAGAAGGCCAGCAGCAUGGCCAACACAGUAUUCUUGAGUCUGAUUGAGCGAGUGCUGGAUCAGAGGUUACCACGGCGGGGCGGCAACAGAGAGGGAGUGAUGGUGACGCUGUUCCAGCUGUGGAGUUACCUGGAGGCUAACAGCAUCAGCGACAUGGAAACACACAUCACUGAGCUGGCAGAAGAAGUGUGGUUGGUGCAGAGCCUGGCGUCAUGUGACCAGGAUGUGAUCGUCCACACACUGCGGCGUCCUGCAGAGUGCAGCCUGAGGAGAGAAGGACUUCACGCUGUGGCCAAAUUACUGAAAGACCCCCGAGGCAAAGUGUCGGCGUCUGCCAGCUCUGUGCUGAGGAGCCUGGCUGCCCAGCCCAGACAGAGAGAGCAGGCUUUGGUCAACUGUCUGGAGCUGCUGGAAGAUGACAACUUGGACACCAGAGUGUGUGGCUGUAAGGCCUUGGCUUGUCUUAAGGCCAAAGAAAGUAUUGACCAGUUAGUGUAUCUCUGUCGGACAGACAAAGACGAAGUCCGAGAUGCUGCCAAACAAGCGCUGCUAGUGCUCGGCGAAGAGGGGAAGAUGGCCCACAGACACGUGGAGACGUCUCAGGACGGCAUACCAAGACUCUUCGCUCCAGGAAGCAUGGCCAGCACAGCUUUCUAACACCACACACACACACACACACACACACACACACACACA